UGGACUGCCAAUGCAGAAGGUUUUUCUUCUAAAUCUUGCUGAAAUAUUAUUUUGAAAUAAUAUUCGAGCACAGUUUCUCAUUUUUGCACUACUCGUAGCUGUGGUCACUAUGUCCAGGUAUGAGCUUUUUCGGAGUCAAACUGCUCUGUUGAUCUUAUUAAUGCCGGACACGCCAAAGACAUGCAGCUCUGUUGAAACUCAUCUCAACAUGAAACAAAAGGACACUCAGACUCAGGAUGCACAGGAGAGUCAUGCAAACAGAUGUCCUUUAGUGGAGGACAGAGCAGAAGAAGACAUUCAGACUGUAGUCAUCGGUGAUGCUGAUGACAAAGCUGAUGAAGAUCAGGAAGGCGUGUUGCAAACGUCAACCGAGCGACCUGAAAAGCCACAAGAAGACGAGUCUUUUGAAUGUGAGCAGUGUGGAAAGGCCUUUCCAAAGAUGUUUUCUCUUCUUCGACACAAACGUGUGCAUUCGGUCAUAAAGCAGCACUGUUGUGAAAAGUGUGGGAAGAAGUUCUCACAAGUAAGAGCGCUAGAGACUCAUCUCCGCAAACAUACGCAGAAGUUUGAGAAGAAGAAAUUUCCCUGCGCUACUUGCGGAAAGAGCUUCAAAGACCUCGCAGCGCACGAACGGGUCCAUGCGGAAGUCAGGCCAUUUACCUGUGAUAUAUGCGGACAGGGAUUCACAGUCAAAGGCAGCUUAUAUAUGCACCAAAGGGUGCACACGGGCGAAAAACCAUACACAUGUGACACCUGUGGGAAAAGUUUCUCUCUAAUAGGCACCCUAAACUGCCACAAGAAGUUUCAUUCAGAUGACAGGCCAAUAAAAUGCAGCCACUGCAAUAAGAGCUUCAAGUGCAAGAGUCAUUUGAGACGCCAUCUUCCUGUGCACACCGGUGAGAGACGAUAUACGUGUCAAAUCUGUGGUAAAACAUUUGCGCAUCAUGAAGCGAUGACACGCCACAUUCUCAUUCACACCGGCGAAAAGCCGUACAUCUGUGAAGUGUGCGGUAAAAGAUUUCGUCAGAGAAGCAAUUUAAAAGUCCAUAUGCGGGUGCACCAAGAGCCACAAUUUAAGUGUGAAAUGUGUGGGAAAACAUUCCAGCAUGGUUCUUUGCUACAGAACCAUAUUUUAUCACACAGUCAUACUGGAAAUUCAAAAGAAGACCAAUUUUUGAACUCCAAAACUCAACUGCAGCUGCAUUCAGACAGCAGCAAACCUUUUACAUGCAAAUUAUGCGAGAAGAGCUACAGCAACAUAUAUAAUCUUCGCAUACACGAGAAGCUUCACACAGGCGAGACCCCGUUCAAGUGUGAGAUCUGCGGUAAGGCCUUCGCUCUCAGAAAGUCUUUUAAAACGCACAUGUUGUGCCAUUCAGGAGAUAGACCUUAUAAAUGCAUAGCAUGUGGGAAAGCGUUCAAGUGGUCUGGCUCUCUGAAAAUGCAUAUGAAGACCCAUACUGAUGAAAAAACUCACAAAUGUGAGACGUGUGGGAAGGGUUUUCGCUUGUAUGGAAAUUUAAAGCGACACAAGCGUGUCCAUGCUGGGGAGAAGCCGUUCAGCUGUAAGGUGUGUGAGGAAGGGUUGCCAGAACUCGACCAUCUCAAAACACAUAUGCAAAUCCAUACUGGAGUGAAACCCUACACGUGCCAGAAGUGUGGGAAGAAAUAUGGAUAUCUUAGACAUUACAAUGAACACAAAUGCAAACCUAGUCAAACCACCCUGGUCGUGUCUUUACUGACGGACUCUGCUAAACACGAGAUACGAAAGACUUUUACAUGCAGCUCCGAUGAAUCCAGUCUCUCCAUCAAACCAAACGAUACUCAGAUUCAGAUGCUUAAUUCCAUAAUGGACAGGUUUGCCAAAGAAGUGGUGCAGAAGAUUUGCAGUCUCUUCAGAUACUGUUCAUCUGUUGCACCAGUUCCAGCUCAGAUAUGUUUGAAUGGUCGAGACGAGCUGAGGAAGACUUCAUCUCAGAUGGGUCGUGAUCUCAGUGGAGCAACCCAUAUCCAUAACCAAGAGUUUCAGGUAAUAGCUGUGCCGCAAAUAAACUCCAGUCCAGUGAGGCGCAGCAGUGAGCACAAGUGCUUCACUAACGUUACUCAAUACAAGAGAACAUAUAACGAACACUGGAAUGGCUUUAUUGAAAAUGUUAUGAUUUCGGUCACCAAAAACAGUAACAGGAGAAUAAUGUCGUUGCUGGAGAAUGAGGUUGUCUCUGUUCUGGAGACACUCGUAAAGACAACGGUAAAUGAAAUGGCGAAAGUCAUGGACUCAUCGGGCAUACUUCCACAAACUCACGUUACAGCAGACAAGUCUGUCACCCUGGACUUUACAACACAGUUGAACUCUGUGUUAGAACGUAAUGCAAAGGAAGCUGUGGAGAAAAUAUGCCAGCUUUUCUCUGCACUUCUGCACAAAGAAAUGACUCCAAGUUCACAGGAUGACUUGAAAACAAGAUUGAAGCAAGCUGAGAAACAGCACACGACUCUACAAAGAGAGACUAAUCUAACUGAUAGUGGUCUUCAAAGAAGUCAGUCCACUGACCAGCUUACUCUAGUCUCUGCAGAGAAAAUCGCCAUUGUUGUGAGCUGGGGACAGGAGGAGAUCAUAGACACUGACCAUGUGAAAACACCCACUAAAACACAGAAGACGGCAAUCAUUAGGGCAAAAAAGUCAGCGGAUUGUUCUGAAAACAGCAACCAUCCUCCGUUUGUGGUGUUGCAGGACAAUGAUGCUGCGGACAUCAGCUGCACGGGACUACAAAAUACUACAAACUCCUCUGUGACUCAGGAUGUUGCGAAAGCAUCUAGAAGUUUGAGUGUGUUAAAAAGCAGAGGUGUGCGGGUGAGCCGUCGGAAGAAAGGUAAAACACUCAGCUGUAAACAAUGUAGAAGGAAAUUUGACUCAGUUGUUCUGAGAGCUCAUCAGGUCGUUCAUGUGGCGGCAGAGAAACCCUUUAGCUGCUCGCAGUGUGGUCGGCGUUUUGGAAGUAAAGGCAGUUUAGAUGUACACUACCAGCUUCAUACUGACAAGAGCCCUUAUGUUUGCAAUCAAUGCGGUAAGACCUUCACCGAACACAAACAGCUGAAGGGUCACCAGAGGAUUCAUAACGAAGACAAGACUUUUACGUGUAAAGUUUGUGGGAAGUCUUUUCAUCAAGCUUACUGUCUCAGGAAGCAUUUGGUCGUGCAUUCAGGAGAGAAGCUGCAUAAAUGUGACGUAUGUGAGAAGAGCUUCAACUUUCGCAACAACCUACUUCGCCACAAGAGAAUCCAUACAGGCGAGAAGCCGUUCACUUGCCAGACGUGUGGACGAAGUUUCAACCAGCUCGAUUCGCUGAAGGCCCACCAUCUAACUCACACCGGCGAGAAACCUCACAAAUGCAAAAUGUGCAAUCAGGGCUUUGUCCAGAAGUUUCUGCUUCGGCUGCAUGAGGGAAAGUACGCAGGACAAAACGGACACCACUGUUGUGUAUGCGGGAUAGUCUUGGGUUGCUUAAACACCCUAAAAAAGCAUCUGCCGAUUCAUGAGGCACAGUUGCCGGUCAAUUGUACAGUGUGCAGCGAGACCCUCAGUUCCAUCAACACCUUGAAAUCUCACCAGCACAAACACUCUGUGACUAACAAACACAGCUGUUGUUUGUGUGGAAAGUCCUUUCAGAGUGUGGCCGGUGUGAAAACUCACGAAAGGGUUCAUACGGGAGAAAAGCCCUUUAUCUGUUCGGUGUGCGGGAAGACAUUUCGGCAGCAGAACUGCCUUAAGGCUCACCAGACCUCACAUAGCGGUGAAAAACCUUUUAGUUGUGACACAUGCGGGAAAGGUUUUUCCACCUUGGGAAAUCUCCGUCGACAUCAGCGCAUACACACCGGAGAAAAGCCGUUCAAAUGCGCCGAAUGCGGGCGGGAAUUUAACCAGUCGAAUUCGCUCAAAGCUCACAUGCAUAUUCAUACGGGAGAGAAGCCGUAUGUGUGUGACAAGUGUGGGAAGAGUUUUGCUUAUCUCAGAAAUCUGAGGUGCCAUAAAUGUGUAUAAAUUUAAAGGGA